AUGUUGACGUGCAUUUUCGGGCACGAAAAUUCGGAACAUUUUUCUCUCGCAAAAUUAAAGUUGAUUCGGUCGUAAUUUUAAUAUCGAAUUUAUUAAAAUAUGGCCGGUAUUUUGGGAGUAACUCGUACUCUUCCGCGAAAUCUCGUGAGAAUCGGUGCAAAUAGUCUAAAAAAUUCGCCACAGGCAAUAUCGAAACGAGCUGUGAGUGUUCUUCUCAGCAAUACCAACGAAAAUGUUCCAUCAUUUGUGUCAUCAUCAAAACAGUACACGGUUAAUGGAGCUUUUCAAUCGUGGCGUUCAAUCCAGACGACAGCUCAAUUGCUGGAAGUUGUAAAAGUACCCCCAUUUGCGGAUUCUGUGUCUGAGGGUGACGUCAGAUUUACGAAAAAAGUUGGAGAUUCUGUUGCUGCAGAUGAAGUUGUCAUGGAAAUUGAAACCGAUAAAACGACUGUCGGAGUUCCUUGCCCAAUGGCAGGCACGAUCGAAGAAAUUUACGUGCAAGAUGGAGAUACAGUAAAAGCAGGACAACAACUUUUCAAACUCAAACCCGGAUCCGGAAGUGCAACUGCUUCUGCGCCCGCUGCAAAAGCAUCAACAACUCCUUCUCCCGCAGCUGCUCCUCAAGCAUCUUCUCCAUCGCCAAGUUCAGGAGGAAAGCCAACAGGAGCAACUGAAGUCGUUAAAGUACCUCCAUUUGCGGAUUCUGUGUCAGAGGGUGACAUUAAAUUCACAAAAAAAGUUGGCGAUUCAGUAACUGUCGAUGAAGUCGUUAUGGAAAUCGAAACCGACAAAACAACUGUGGGUGUUCCAUCUCCUCAUCACGGUAUCAUCGAAGAAAUCUUUGUUGCUGAUGGAGAUACCGUUAAAGCAGGACAACAAUUGUUCAAAUUGAAAGUAACUGAUGGUCCUGUUGGAGGAUCUGCACCUGCAGCUUCAGCUCCUGCGCCAUCAGCUCCGAGCACGCCUCCGCCAUCGGCUCCAACGCCAUCUGUUACAGUUGCGCCGCCAGCUCCAAGUGCUGUUCCUCCUCCUCCGCCUCCGAAACCUCGUGCUCCUGAAGCAAGAAUGCCCGUUGCUGCGAUGCGUCAUGCCCAAGCUAUUGAUUCAGCUACCGUCAAACUGCCUCCCGCUGAUUACAGCAAAGAAAUUUCAGGAACACGCACCGAACAACGUGUUAAAAUGAAUCGCAUGCGUUUGAAGAUUGCCUCACGUUUGAAGGAAGCACAAAAUGUCAAUGCAAUGCUUACAACUUUCAACGAAAUCGACAUGAGCUAUAUCAUGGAAUUCCGUAAACAACAUCAAGAUGCAUUCUUGAAGAAGCACGGUAUUAAAUUAGGUUUCAUGUCAGCAUUCUGUAAAGCUGCUGCUUACGCAUUACAAGAUCAACCCGUUGUAAAUGCCGUUAUCGAGGAAAAUGAAAUCGUUUAUCGUGAUUAUGUUGACAUCUCCGUUGCUGUUGCUUCUCCAAAAGGUCUCGUUGUUCCCGUUGUUCGUAACUGCGAAAGCAUGAACUACGCAGAAAUUGAGUUGGCAAUUAACGCACUCGGAGAAAAGGCAAGAAAAGGAACUCUUGCUGUCGAAGAUAUGGAUGGCGGAACAUUCACAAUUAGCAACGGAGGGGUUUUCGGUUCAUUGAUGGGAACGCCUAUUAUCAAUCCUCCCCAAAGUGCGAUUCUUGGCAUGCAUGGAACAUUUGAACGACCAAUUGCUCUUAAAGGACAAGUUGUCAUUCGCCCAAUGAUGUACAUCGCUCUUACUUAUGAUCAUCGCUUGAUUGAUGGGCGUGAAGCUGUUACUUUCUUGCGCAAAAUCAAGGCUGCUGUUGAAGAUCCACGCAUCAUGUUGGCAGGCUUGUAAAUAUGAUCUGUACAAAUUUUCGCCACACUAUCGAAGAAAAUCUAACAGCAGUGACAUUUCCAGUGACUACAUAACAACAGAAAAACUAACAAAAAGUAAACUUUUUAAUCUUUAAAAAAAUCACGACGAUUACAAAAUUAGUAUAAACAAAAAAUAUCUCAAAAUUUAGUUUAAAUUGAUUUUUUUUGGCGUUUAGUUCUUAUUUUGAAUUUCACAAAAAAAGAAAAAAAAAAUAGUAAAACGAAAAUAAUUACACAACUUGAGGUCAUUUGAACAAAAUUUGUCUCUAAAAAUUUUAUAAAAAUAACUACAAAAAUGUGUGGAAAAGAACAAAAACCUUGCGAAUAUCAAAUAUUUUCAUUUUUGGCAACGUAAAAGUAUUGUAACAAACAGGAUUUCUUAUUUUUUUUUGUCUUGUAUUUAUUAUUAUUUCUAAAUAUUUAAAGAAAGAACAGUAAUUUAUGUUAAAAUCGAAAAAGAAUCUUGAUCAUUAGACAUUUUGAUGAAAAAAUGCAGGAAAACUGUGUUAUUCGC